UGAUUCUCUCUUCAAUUAUAUACGCCUACCGAUGGCCCACCGUCAUGUCAGUUCCCAUCCAUUAGCCUCCUUCCUUUUUGCCUGAAAAGCCGUCCGAUUUUUUUUCACUUGCACAUCAUGAGUUCCUGUUCUCAGCUCUGCGGAUAUUCUUCUUGAGAGCUGGAAAGGCCAGGCUGUGAUCGGUAGAUGUUUUGCGUUUUUUCCUUUUUUGGGGUUUUGGUGCACUCAGGAUCUGGCAUAUCAGAUAAUUGUAGAGUUAGCAAGUACAGAACCAGCCUUCUUCUUUUCUUCUGGAUUUGGAGAGUUCUGGCGUCUAUAUAUACAUAUAUACCAUAAAUUUUAGGCGGGUGGUGGUAGGUUGGUGAGAGAUCUGGCAGGAACGAAACUUUGGCUCCCACAGUCGGGGAUGGUGAUAAUCACCUCUCAAAAGUGAUCCAGUAUCCUUAAUCUUUGUUACUGUUUGAUUGCAAGGUGAGUGGAGUUAUCCUCCAAUAUCUAGGAGCGGACAUCCAAGCAGGCGCAACUCGAAGUCACAAAGAUGGCCAUGGCACACACUGUGAAGGUGGUACUAGGCUCUGUAGCCUUUGCGAUCUUCUGGGUCCUAGCCGUUUUCCCUGCGGUACCCUUCCUCCCAAUUGGAAGGACUGCAGGAUCUCUUCUUGGUGCCAUGCUUAUGGUCACCUUCCAAGUGAUCACUCCAGAGGAAGCUUUUGCAGCUAUCGACCUCCCAAUCCUUGGCCUCCUCUUUGGCACCAUGGUUGUCAGCGUCUAUCUCGAAAGAGCCGAUAUGUUCAAGUAUUUGGGUAAAUUGCUCUCAUGGAAGAGCAGAGGUGGCAAGGAUUUGCUCUGCCGCAUCUGUCUUGUUUCUGCCGUAUCCAGUGCUCUAUUUACCAACGAUACUUGUUGUGUUGUCCUCACUGAAUUCAUCCUGAAAAUUGCAAGACAGAACAAUUUGCCACCGCAGCCCUUCCUUUUGGCCCUGGCUUCUAGUGCUAAUAUUGGCUCUUCCACAACACCGAUCGGUAACCCGCAGAACUUAGUUAUAGCUGUUCAAAGUAAGAUUUCUUUUGGGAAAUUCUUGUCUGGGAUCCUUCCUGCGAUGCUUGUUGGGGUAGUUGUGAAUUCUGCCAUUCUCUUAUGCUAUUACUGGAAGAGGUUGUCCAAUGAGAAGGAUGUUGAAGUGGCUCAAGCAGCUAAAGAUGUGGUUGAUGAAGAGGAUGUCACUUCUCACCGUUUCUCACCUGCGACGAUGUCGCACCUUGCUUGUACUACUUCUCAGGAUUGGAGUUCUGCAAUUGAUUCUAUUACGCAGUGCCUGCCAAUAAAUGGAGACAUUGGGCAUGCCGGGACAUUGCGGAAUAGAAUAAGUUUUAGCGAGCAUGGCAUGCAGUCCGCCAUAAGUGGAGGAGCUGAAUUCAUGAAGGUCUCAAAUGCAUCGAAGGAGGUGGCAGGGGUUGGUGGAGUUUCUCAAAAGAGAGAGGAAGGCGUGUCUGUCGGGAGAUAUGUGAGAACUGGCAGCCGGAUGAGUGGUUUGAAAGAAGGGUUUUCUCACCACUCUUUGGAGGAAAAGGAAAUUCCCAUGGAGAGGUGGAAGAGAUUGUUGUGGAAGAUAUGUGUCUAUAUUGUGACUAUUGGAAUGCUCAUUGCUCUUUUAAUGGGGCGAAACAUGUCAUGGAGUGCGAUUACUGCUGCUCUCGCUCUCAUUGUACUGGAUUUUAAGGAUGCCCGUCCUUCGUUAGAGAAGGUUUCUUAUUCAUUAUUGAUAUUCUUUUGUGGGAUGUUCAUUACUGUCGACGGCUUUAAUAAAACUGGCAUACCAAGUGCUCUGUGGGAUCUGAUGGAGCCAUAUGCACGGAUUGAUAGUGCUGGAGGGGUUGCCGUGCUUGCCUCUGUUAUCCUUCUUCUCUCAAAUGUUGCCUCUAAUGUACCUACUGUUCUGUUGCUUGGAGCUCGGGUGGCAGCAUCUGCAGCACGCAUCUCUCCAGCUGAAGAGACAAAGGCAUGGCUCAUAUUAGCAUGGGUGAGUACAGUGGCUGGAAAUCUAUCACUACUGGGAUCAGCUGCAAACUUGAUAGUUUGUGAGCAGGCUCGCCGGGCUCAGUUCUUUGGUUACAACCUCUCAUUCUUGAGCCACCUGCGUUUUGGGUUCCCUUCGACGCUUGUUGUCACAGCUGUUGGCUUGCUACUUAUCAGGAACUAUUGAGUGCAUCUGGUGAAGAACCAUGUACGGUGUGGAUCUCUUGUAUUUUACAAUAGCGUUUCAGUCCAUGUAAAAAGGCAAAACCUGGUGGCCAUUUGCACAUUUUCGAGGCAACCAGUAUAAGGUAUGUUUGAUAGGUGAGGAGAUUCUAAAUAAAAUAUGGUGGUCAUGUGAUGUUAUGUAACAAGUUGCUCACUAUAUGAGAGAUUGCAAGCAGCCAGGACAGGCCAAUGGAAGCAAAAACAAAGGGAGUGGAUGGGGAUGACCUGCAUGAUUUCAGAGCUCCAGUACCCUGCAAGGAGCCUCAUUCACAAGCUUAUCGUGUCAUGUCGAGCUUGGCAUGCCUGUUCCAGCAAGCCUUGUUCUUCUUCAUGGCCAUGGACACCUUUGUUUUUUCUUUUCUUUUUUUCUUGCUGGUUGAUUAAGUAAUUGUUUUAAUAAUUUCAUCGAGGUAAAUUCUC